AUGGAAGCUGAUGCGUUGAGCCGAAAGGCAGUGAGUAUGGGUAGCUGGGCGUGUUUGAUUGUGAAAGAGUGUCCUUUAGCCAUGGAGGUUCAGUGUUUGGCUAAUAGUAUGAUUCAGGAUAAAGUGCUAAGCGGAGAAGCUAAAGAGGCUAUUCUUGAAGAUGAGGUUGUUUUGAGGAUUAAGGGGCACAUUUGCGUUCCUAGAGUUGACGAUUUGAUUCCCUUGAUCUUGAAAGAGGCUCAUAGUUCUAGAUACUCCAUUCAUCCGGGUGCAACAAAGAUGUAUCCUGACUUGAGACAACAUUACUGGUGGGGUAGGAUUAAGAGAGACAUUGUGGAGUUUGUUGCCCAGUUUUUGAAUUGCCAGCAGGUUAAGUAUGAGCACAAGAGACGGGGUGGUAUGACUCAGAGGAUACCCAUUCCCGAGUGGAGGUGGGAGAGGAUAGCUAUGGAUUUCGUAGUUGGUCUACCAAAGACCUUAGACAGAGACACUCAGUUUACUUCCCAUUUCUGGAGGACUUUGCAGAAAGAAUUGGGAACUCAGUUAGAUCUUAGCAUCGCGUUCCACCUGCAGACAGAUGGUCAGUCCGAUAGGACUAUUCAGGUCCUGCUGAAGGUUUCAGCCAUGAAGAGUGUGAGGCGAUUUAGGAAGAAAGGCAAGUUGAGUCCAAGGUAUAUUGGGCCAUUUAAGGUCCUUAGGCGAGUUAGUGAGGUGGCUUAUGAGCUAGCUUUGCCACCUGGUUUAUCAGCAGUCCAUUUUGUGUUCCAUAUCUCUAUGUUGAAGAAGUACCAUUCUGAUGGGUCCUACAUCAGCCAAUGA